CUUAAGUUCAACACAUUCUAAAAGUUAGUCGCGAAUCAGCCGAGCAAGUGUUCACACGGUAUAGUAAUGGAGUUCCUGAGCACAGAAUGUGCUGCGCGGUCGGCAGGACCUGCGAACACCCUUAUGACUUUGCUGCUACAGACAUUGAUAGCGAAAUUUUGUGGAUUAAGUGAUCACAAUCGUUGGCCAGAGGAUUAUGGCGCGCGGAUUGAGCGAGAUGGUUUUGAUGAUUAUGACUUCAUCGUGGUGGGCUCAGGCUCAGCAGGCUCGGUUGUUGCAGGCAGACUUAGUGAAAACCCUAAUUGGAAGGUGCUAUUGCUCGAAGCGGGCGGCGAUCCACCCAUCGAAACUGAGUUUGUUGGCUGGCACAUUACCACACAGUUUACGAAUUGGGAUUGGCAGUAUCACGCGGAACCGAAUGGCAAGUCCUGUAUGGCGAUGGAAGGUGGCAAAUGUCAUUGGCCGCGUGGUAAAAUGCUGGGCGGCACUAACGGUAUGAAUGCGAUGAUCUAUGCGCGUGGUACACGUGCCGAUUUCGACGACUGGCGCAAUCGUGGCAAUCCCACUUGGGGCUAUGAUGAUGUGUUGAAAUAUUUCCGAAAAUCUGAAGACUUGCGUUCAACUAGCGAUGACUUUAAAGAGGGUGAUUUCGGUAAAGGUGGUCCCAUGGGUUUGAAUCGUUAUGUGUCGGAUAAUGAAUUCCGUGGUACGAUACGUGAGGGUAUGGCUGAAAUGGGUUAUGGCAGCUCACCGGCUUUUACGGAGGGUUCAUGGGUGGGUCAGAUUGAUAUUUUGGGCACACAAGAUGGCGGACGUCGCAUAACGACGGCACAUUCACAUUUACCCAAGGAACGUAAGAAUUUACAUGUCGUGCGUUAUGCCCACGUUAAACGCGUGAACUUUGACGAGCAUUUGCGUGCAACGGGUGUUAGUUUUGUCCUGAACGGGACGACAGAGUAUGUGGUAAAGGCUAAGAAGGAAGUCGUACUGUCUACCGGCUCGAUUGGUACACCACAACUACUGAUGCUUUCAGGUGUUGGUCCCAAAGAGCAUUUGAAGCAAUUGGGCAUACCGGUAGUUUUAGAUCUACCAGUUGGUCAAAAUCUUAAAGAUCAUGCCAGUUUGCCGGUGGUUUUCCAAAUUGACAAGUCUGUUGCACGCAAGCCCACCGAUGAGGAACUCGUCGAUGCCAUGUACAAUUUACUGAUGGGUCGCUACAGCAAGCUGCUGCAUCAUGAGGCCACAGCGCUCACCGGUUUCAUUAAUACCACUUCAUUGCACGGUCCCAACCCCGAUAUUCAAACCACAAACUUCUUCAGUUUGAUGCAAAGUCCUGAACUGAAAGGUUAUGUAGCUGCGACCGGUUUCACCGAGCGCGUGGCUAAGUCCAUACUCGCCGCUAAUGAAUUCACCAAUACCUACAUUACUUAUUUGUUGCACUUGAAGCCUUACUCAGUCGGUCAUCUUGAGCUGCGCAGUGCCAACUACUUGGAUAAACCGAAGAUCUAUCCAAACUACAUGUCCGAUGAGCGCGACGUCGAUACAUAUAUACGCGCAUUGAACCUCUACUCGAAAUUGCCAGAGACCAAUGCGUUCAAGAAGCGUGAAACUGCGUUACAUAAGAUCGAUUUGGAGGCCUGCAACCACUUGCCCUACCAGUCGGAUGAUUAUUGGCGUUGCUAUAUUAAUCAUAUGACCACAACCGUCUAUCAUCCAGUGGGCACAGCCAAAAUGGGUCCUGAGGGUGAUGCCACAGCGGUGGUGGACUGGCGUCUCCGUGUGCACGGUGCUAAGGGUUUGCGCGUGGUUGACGGCAGCAUUAUGCCAGACAUCGUGGCUGCUAACACGAAUGCGGCGAUUAUUAUGAUUGGCGAGAAGGGUGCCGACAUGAUCAAAGAAGACUGGACAGAAAAACACACAGAGUUGUAAGGAGCCUUGAUGUUGUAGAUUAAUCUCAACUUUAUGUGUUAAGGUGAUUUUGUUUAUGUUUGUUUGUAUGUGUAAUAUUUUGUGUUAAAUAAACUAACUAUUUUUUCUA